AUGGAGACAUUUGGGGUGAGCAUUGGGGGCAUGGAAGGCCAAGUGGGAGAAGAGAUGGGUAUGUGGGAGGUAAAAUACGCGGGAGAGAAGGGCAAAGGGUUGUUUGCAAAGAAAGAUAUCGCCGGAAUCUUUCCAGGCGAGAGCUUGAUUGUGCAGACUCCUGUGCUGUUCGUCGCUAAACAGAUACUGGAAAUACCGGAUAUGCCGAGGCCACAGCUCGUUUUGAAGCAGGCAGUCGAUCAGUUGCCGACAAAAACUAGAGAGAUGGUCAAGAAAUUGGACGUCAAUGUGGAUGGCACUGUCGAGGACAUUGUCACGACGAACGGCGUUGCUGUGAAAUGGCCAUGGGUUGAUGAGCUGCCCCAGCUUUUGGCAGUUAUUCCCGAGGCUGCACGUAUCAACCACGCUUGUCGACCAAACACUCUAUGGCGUUUCGACGACUACACCCUCUCAUUUGAAGUCUUCGCUCUCAGAGACAUCAAGCCCGGAGAAGAGAUUACGCGAAGCUAUGGCUUCGAAAAACGUGCUCGCCGACGUCGCGUGAAGUCUAUAGAAGCGAACUUCGGUUUCACCUGCGCCUGCCCUCUUUGCACCGCAGACGACGACGCAACAAUGGCAUCCAACGACCGCCUCUCAGAGAUCAAAGCCCUGAAAUCCGUUCUACCCACCGAUCCGGAAGAUUCACCGCAGCUUCUCGGCCUUCUCCCCAAACUCAUUGAGCAUCUGGAAGAGGAAGGUCUCCUAACCGAACUACCCCAAUACGAAGAGAUCUUAGCGUACACGUGGAGUAGCUUUGGAAUUGAGGAUCGGGCGAAGUACUGGGCGGGAAGGGCGCAGAAACAUUGGGCUGUUGUAGCGGGUAAAGAGAGUUGGGAGCAGAGGAGGUGUGGGGAGUUGGAGGCGAAUGUUAGGGGUCAUCAGACUUGGAUGACGUGGAAGGGUGAUCCUUGGGAGGGUGUUGGUGAGGGGCAUCCGUGGGAUGAGAAGGAGGGCGAUGGACAUGAUCAUGAUCAUGAGCGUGGACAUGAACAUUAG